CGGGCGGCUGAGGCGGGCGGGGUGUCAUGGCGCGGCGGGAGCGAUGCUACCUGUCGGCCGCGCUGAGCUGCACGUUGCUGGUGUCCUGCCUGCUCUUCUCCGCCGUGGGCCGGGCCCUGGGCCGCCCCUACAUGGACGAGCUCUUCCAUCUCCCCCAGGCCCAGCGCUACUGCCGGGGACGCUUCGACCAGUGGGAUCCCAUGAUCACUACGCCGCCCGGUUUAUACCUCGUGUCGGUUGGAGUCGUGAAGCCGGCCGUGUGGAUCUUCGGAUGGUCCGAGCACGUGGUCUGCUCCAUAGGAAUGCUCAGAUUUGUCAAUCUCCUCUUCAGCGUCGGCAACUUCUACUUACUCUAUCUGCUGCUGUGCAAAAUACAGCACAGGAACAAGGCUGUCACCGGCGUCCAGAGAAUCUUGUCCGCCUUAACCCUGGCGGUAUUUCCUACGUUGUAUUUUUUCACUUUCCUUUACUACACAGAGACGGGCUCGGUGUUUUUCACCCUCUUUGCCUACCUGAUGUGUCUCGACGGUAACCAUAAGACCUCGGCCCUGCUCGGCUUCUGCGGCAUCAUGUUCCGCCAGACGAACGUCGUCUGGGCCGCCUUCUGCGCGGGCAGCGUCCUGGCCCAGAAGGUGACGGAAGCGUGGAAGACGGAACUGCAGAAGAAGAAGGAGGAGAGGCUCCCGUACCUCAAAGGACCGGUCUCGGAACUGAGGAAGUCGCUGCGGUUUCUCCUCGGUUACGUCGGGUCGGCGAAGAACCUGCGGACGCUCGUCCUUCUGACCUGGCCCUACGUCCUCUUGGUAUCCCUGUUCGCGGCGUUCGUGGUUUUCAACGGCGGCGUGGCCGUGGGGGAUCGAAGCAGCCACGAAGCCUGCCUGCACUUCCCGCAGCUGUUCUACUUUUUCUCUUUCACGCUCUUUUUUUCUUUCCCGCAUUUGAUAUCCCCGAAGAAGGUGCGAACUUUCCUUCAGUCCGCCUGGAAGCGGCGGGCCCGCUAUGUGGCGCUGACGGCCGUCUCCUUAUUCCUCGUCUGGAAAUUCACUUACGUUCACAAGUACCUGCUCGCCGAUAACCGGCAUUACACGUUUUACGUGUGGAAGAGAGUCUUCGAGCGGUAUAGCGUCGUCAAGUAUUUACUGGUGCCGGGGUACGUGUUCGCGGGCUGGAGCAUCGCCGAGUCGCUGAAGUCCAAAUCCACGUUCUGGAAUUUAAUGUUCGCCGUGUGCGUCGCGGCCGGCACGGUCCCUCAGCGGCUCUUCGAAUUCCGAUAUUUCAUCCUGCCCUACGUGAUCUACCGGCUGAAUAUCCCCGUGCCUUCGGUGCCCAAGCUCCUCUGCGAGUUCGGACUCUACGUGGCGAUUAAUUUUGUGACCUUUUACCUCUUUCUACACAAGACGUUCCGGUGGCCCAAUAGCGAGGACGUUCAGAGGUUUAUGUGGUGAUCGCGGGGCUGGCGGGAUCAGGCUUGGUCAGGGGGAUCUUCCUCCUGCCGUGGCCAGUGGUGGGUGGCAGGACUGGGGUGUGACUUGUUGGCUUGGAAAAAAGAAAAAAGAGGACGGGUCGGAGUCGGGCGUGAAGUCGGAUGGACCGUCCCCGUACGAUGAGAAUAGGGAACCGGAUCCGAGGGCCCCGAGUCGGGCGCUUCCCCGGCCGUGAGUCGGGGAAGUCGAGUCGCGUCCGAAAGCGUUGCAAAAUAAUGUGAAAAGAGACACGUUUACAGUCGACUGGCAAUCUUCCGUGUCCGUUAGCCAGCCGAGGGCUCUUCCUAAUAUCGGAAGAGGCUCGUUGAAAGCCAUCGGCUCUUCCGUGCGGCCCGUCAACGGCAUUUGCGGGGGAGGAGGAACCUCCCGGGGCUCCUGGAAACAUCCUGAAGGUCCGGGCCGUUUGCUCCCUGAUGAAUUAAAAUGCCGACAUCCGAGUUCUUGGCAUUUCAGCAGGUGCUCAACCUCGAUCCUGGGUAAAGAGGGUUAGAGCGACGGGAGCGCCUCGGCUUCCUCCGUGUCCCAGCGGUCUGACGCUGCAGAUCGAGUCCGUGUAAGAUCAGCGAGCCGGCCCUUCUGCGGUCUCUGCCCGUUCUCUUGCACAACCAAAGAGUGACAGCGGCGACGACAGACCUGAGGCGAAGGGAGACGUUCUCCUUCCAACUCAUCGGACGACGUGGCUGUAGGAUCGACGCACCUUUUUGAGGGGUUUUAGGAGCUACCGGUCGGCGCGGUCUCGCCCGUACGCGGGGAGGGACGACAUAUCCGUAGAGGUUCCCGUUAGCCCUUUCCUUUUCCAUUUUUUUUUUAGCGUGCUACAGAGCGUAGGAUUACAAAUCCUUAUUUUACUAGUAGGUUUUUUAUCUUUUUAGAUUACGUAGCGUAAAGCUUUCUACUAAGAGUUGCAAGAAUUCUCCGAGCGGUAUUAGCGACAGCGUUUCUGCCGUGUAAUCUUCUUAAAAGCGUCGUUCAUUUUAAAACUCCGUAUUUAUAGAGCUCAUCCUUUUGCCUUCUCGCCAAUCUGUGCAAAUGCCCAAAUGGUGAAUUACUUUUCUGCCCUUUCCUCUUCCUCUCUGGUAAUCAGUGGGAAAGAAAUCCUUUGCUUAAUCGUGAUGAAUUUUCUGGAAGGUGUAUCUAAAUGAAUCGAGCCACCUAGAUAAUUACGGCUGCCGCGGCUUAACCCCUUACCCCGUCCCCAGUUCCGUCACCGGAAUAUGGGAACCGCUCUUCGGGUGCCAUAUCCUGUCACGGAAAUGAAGGCUACGGACCAGAAAGCAACGUCGGCGCACGUUUCAAAUUAUUCAAUGAACAGAGGAAAGCAAAAAAAAAAAAAAAAGAGUGUUUCCUUCUUAUGAACUCGAGAUCUGUUUUUUAGUUUUUUUUGUUUUUUACCU